AUGGUCGGUACGACUCUACAUCGUGACGCGCUAGGAUAUGAUGCUCCGAGGCAGCCGCGUGGACGUGUUCGCGUGACGCAACCAGGCGACUCGCUAUUCCAGCAGUUCGGUCCACAGUAUGUCGUUCCGCGACAGCCAGCGGGCACUGCUAGACCACAGGCGUCGCGCUAUGCGCCAGUGUCGCCUCCAGAUUUUGAAGAUGUUCAUGCGCCUGUGCCACCAAUGCAGCAGGCACCGACGCAGUAG